AUGGGCUGUGCCUUAAAGGCAAACUCAGGGGAAGACGAUAAUAAGGACACAGAAAGAAGAGAAGAGAGGGAGGGUGGCCACCUUGAUCCCACCGAAGCAUCUCUGAGGCUGCCUCUGGAUGCCACAUCAAGGCCGCCCUUUAGCCGCAGCCUGGAGCUGGUGACAGUCGAGCACACGGAGAUGGCUCUGCUCAGCAACCUCCUCGCGGCCUACUCCUUUGUCUCAGAAAAUCCUGAGCGGGCAGCUCUGUACUUUGUGUCUGGCGUGUGCAUUGGGCUGGUCCUCACUCUGGCUGCCUUGGUGAUAAGGAUCUCUUGCCACACAGACUGCCGGCGGCGUCCCCGGAAGAAGUUCCUACAGGACAGAGCGAGCAGUAGCGACAGCAGUGACAGCGAGGAUGGCAGCUCAGACACAGCGUCUGACAUCUCUGUUCGGAGACACCGGCGCUUCGAGAGGACUUUGAACAAGAACGUCUUCACCUCGGCGGAGGAGCUGGAGCGCGCCCAGCGGCUGGAGGAGCGCGAGCGCAUCAUCCGGGAGAUCUGGAUGAAUGGCCAGCCGGAGGUGCCCGGCACCCGGAGCCUCAACCGCUACUACUAG